AUGGAUCCACAUUUCAAUCCCGGACCUGUCUUCUCCCUAUACAGCAGGCCCCACGAGCUCUGGGGCAUCUUCUGGGAGCUCAAGGGCGGCGACAGGACGCGCCUCGCCGUGCCCGCCGUCGACCUCACGGGCAAGUGGAUCCUCAUCAGCGGCGCCAACAACGGCAUCGGGCGCCACGCCGCCCUCCAGUUCGCCGCCUGGGGCGCCCACCUCGUGCUGGCCUGCCGCGACGCCCCGGCCAAGGAAACCCACCCGACCGUGGCGGUGGCCGAGUGCCGCGAGGCCGCGCGUAAAGCCGGGCACGCCGACGCGUCCAUCGAGUGGUGGGAGGUCGACUACACCAAGCUGGCGAGCGUCGAGGCGCUGGCGCGGCGCUGGCUGGACACGGGCCGCCCGCUCGACGUGCUGUGCAACAACGCGGGCAUCGGGUCCAGCCCCGCGGGCAGCGGGGUGUUCAAGACGGAGGACGGCUUCGAAAUCAUCCACCAGGUCAACCUCUUGUCGCACGCGCUGCUCACCCUGCGGCUGCUGCCGUCGCUGGCCAAGGCGCCCGCCCCGCGCGUCGUGUGCACCACCAGCGUGUUCCAGUACCUCGGCGAGUUCGACCUGCGCAACUGCAACGGCGAGCUCGGCCGGUCCGGUCCCCAGGGCGUCCAGUACUACCAGAACAACAAGCUGUGGUUCCAGGUGUGGCUAACCGAGCUCCAGCGCCGCCUACUGCAGCACCCGGGGCUGAGGCACAUCACCGUUAAUGGUAUGCAUCCGGGCUACGUCAACAGCGGCAUCUGGAACAUCAACAACAGCGUCGGCGGCCUCGACUCGUGGCUCAGCUGGUUCUACGUCAAGGUGCUCGCCUACUUUUUGGGCAUCAACGAGCAGCAGGGGUCACUCGCCAUCCUCCACCUCGCGACGCAGCCUGAUGCGGGGCCCGACCCCGAGGUUCAGGGCGUGGGUGAGCCCGGCGGCCUGGGCGGCGGGAGGUAUUUCAACAGGGUGUGGGACUCGGCGCCCAUGCCCCACGCCAAGGACCCCGAUUGCCGGCAGCGGGUGUGGAGAAAGGUGAACGAUGAGCUUGGCUUGGAGGGCAAGGGCCUGUUGGAUGUCUUGGGUUUGAAGUAUAACGUCGGAGACGUUUUGCCCAAAUCGCUCGCUGCGUAA